AAAGAAAAAUAAACCAUUAACCGUAGCUGAUGUGCAAGCUUGUUUUGUUUGGAACCGAAAUUUAAAAUUCGUUGCCUUUGUUCAAUUAAAAGUCCUAUUAACCUAAAAAUUAUGUAAAUGUUUACAUCUUUUCUAUUAAACUUUAAUUAAUUUCUUCUAGAAGCGCGUCCAUUUUAGUGUCAUUGUCAUAAGUUUCGUUAAUUGUUUAAAUAUUUGAUCAGUUGUAUUUGUAAAGAUAAAAUGUACAUUUCGUAGUAAUCAACAUGAUAGCUUCAAAAACAAUUGAAAAAGAGAACAUGAACAUUAUGCAAGUUCCAACUUCACCUAGCUUUUUAAAGCCUAAACCUAUAAAACUAAAAAAGAAAGCUCUGAAACCUACUGCAUUACCCCUGGAUGAAGUUGAUACCAAUAAGAAAAAUGUUGGCUACUUGACAAAGUCUCCAAAACUAGCUCACAAUCCAUUUCGGCAAAAUACGAAUAAGCGUAAGAAAGAAGAAUGUUUCGAUGAUGAAUCCGAUUCUUUGUUAUGGAAGAGAGUCAACAAGGACCAAGUGCAGAAAAGUAAAGUUCUUUCGAGUCCAGUUGUGCCUUCUAUGCUUGAUGAAUCUGCCCUGUCACCUUUCUCGGAGAAUAUAGCAUCUACUUUCCAAUUAUUGAGCGAAGAGGUAAAAGUUCCACAGAAGAAGAAAAUAUUGUCAGUUGACUGGAGCUUGAAAACUAAAAUAAGAUUCACCUCUCCCCAUUCAUUUCCCAGUCGUGGCUGUUUCCGUACCUUUGAGGAAGUCAAUGGAACCAUUGGCUUUGUCAGAUGUUUGCAUUCGGGAGACGAAACGGACAAUAAGUCUUCAGGUUUACACAGCAGCCAUGGGGCAAAGUUCUUCCAGCAGUGCCUUGUGUGGAUGCAUCCAAACAUUCCUUGGCUAAAUCUUUAUCCCAGGAGUGCCAAUUCUUUCACCAAAAGUAAAAGUUCCAGCAUCAUCUUAGAUUCCUCUGCUGAAGAAAAGCUUCAUUCUAGUUGGUGUGACAGUUUUCGUUCACUUUAUCAACUUGUUAGAUUGUACCAGUGUCCUUAUUUUUAUAUGUGUGCCUCUAGCUUUACUGUCCUGUUCAGAUGCGCAGGUGCAGGUUCCAUCCCUGUCCUGCAUGCUUUUAUAACACCCACUUCAAAGGGUUUCAGGAAAGCUCUUUCUGAGGAUGGAAUUACAUUUUCAAUGCCUUUCUGCCCCAAUAAGGAAUGCUCUAAGGAUUCAGAAUCUGGUUUUGAGGAACUUAAUAGUGACAGCAUGACAACUUCUAACUUUCUAGACGUAAAAGGAGAAGGGUCAGAUAAUGAAGAUGAUAUUGAUCCCAUUGAAGAUGAUGAAACUGAUACAUGGCUAGAAAGUUUGGGGUUGAGUCAAGAAAACUUUCCUUCUUUUAAUAAAAGCAAAAGGCGUGAUGAAAGGGAUAAACUGGAUCACAAGCCUGAAUCUUUAGUGUAUGUGGAAGACUCUGAAACGCAAGCUCUUGUAAAUUUCUUAUUGAAUUCUGGGCUGUGCAUUUCUAAGAUUGGACCAAUGGCCGGUAUUCCUCCUACUUUAUUGGCACCUACAGCAUUUCUUGGUGGGACUUUGCAGUCUUUGAAGAUCCGUCAUGGCAAAGUGAAAAGUGGGUCGAAAGAAAUGGAGUCGGUGGAAGUGACAGGUCCCAUCCUACCGAACACCCUUCAUUCUCUGUGUUCCCUCUUCAGCGGAACUCAAGAAGAGUUUUCUGCCGUCGUGUCCUCGGACACCCACACCACCGCCUUCUCCAAGGUCAAUCCCCACUCCCCCAUCCUCCCCUGUAUAUUUGCAAAGAACAAUCUGACCGACUGUGGCCUGCCGGAGACCUUCCUCAACCAAAUGUGUGCCAAGACUGAAGUGGCUGCAAUCACUUCUGUUACAUGGAAAGAUGGACUAUUCUCAUGGAAUUGAAAACUUUGUUUUAUAUUUUACGGAAAUAAUAUAUUAUUUAUUAGAUUGCUACAA